UGCCCAACCUACAGAGAAGCAGACGAGAAGAGGAAGUCAGAGUGUGUAACCACAACACACUAUAGAGAGCACCGACAAGAGAUAAAUGUAAAGAAGGAAAUUAUGUGAAUGGAAAAUUCAGAGGCUCUGCACUUCAGAGAGAAUAAAAAAGAAGCCUGCAAACUACAUGGAAUAAAAGUAAGGUAAAGUAGCCCUCCCGUGACCAUAGACCAGUCUAUAUUGGCUAGAUAUCAGGAUGGGGGUCAGACGAUAUUGGUUUUACUGGAAAUACCAUAUUCUUCUGGCUAUUUUGUUAUUGCACUGGAAGGGCAGGAAUUGUGAGGAAAAGACAGAGGCUCUACCAGGGUUUAAAAUUGAGGCACCAGCAGAGGUGACAGUGCAGAGGGGACUCUGUGUGCUCAUCCCCUGUAACUUUACUGUUGGUUCUGAUUUUACCUUAACCAAAGAUGCCAUUGGAAUCUGGUAUAAAGGAUCUGACAAAGGUCCAGUUGCAGCUUCUACUAACGCCUCUCAGUUCCCUGAUACAACAAACAGGCGCUUUAUAUUCACUGGGAAAGUGAGUGCAGGAGACUGUUCCUUCUCUAUCAGUGAUGCACAACCAGGAGAUGCUGCACACUAUCAGUUCAGACUUGAGGGUCCUUUACAAUUUAACUACCUUCAUAUCAAGCCAAAGGUAUCUGUGACCGACCUAAAAGAACCUGAUAUAUCUCCCACCAUUGAUCUGAUCGCUGGUGAAGAAGUGACUGUGACUUGCACUGCUCCUACACACUGUCCUGGGCUCUCUCCAACCUUCACAUGGGAAGGAAGUGUAAAUACAGAAAAUACACAGAAUAAUACAUUGAGGCACCAAGAUAGAAACUUCCCCUACCGGUCAACUAUCACUUUCACUCCAUCACUGAGACACCAUAAUUCCUCCUUAACCUGCACUGUGACUUAUAAACAUGAGUCUGCUAAGAAAAGCAUCACCUUGAAUGUUGAAUAUCUACCCAUACUGAAUAUCACUGUUCCAGGGGGAACAGGAGAGAUCAACAGUCUAAUUGUGAGAGAAGGCGACUCCCAGGAAAUCUACUGUAAAGUGAACAGUAACCCAAUGGCCAAAAUUAGCUGGACUAAAGGAAACAGCCGUGUUGAGAAUAUCAAGCAGAAUGGACAGAAACUGACUCUUUUACUGAAGAACGUUACAGAGAAUAACACUGAUACUUAUACAUGUACUGCACAGAACCAAAGGGGAAACAACAAUCGCUCUAUCAGUGUCUCUGUAGAAUAUGCUACCCGACAGCCAACCAUCUGUGUAGAUAAGCCAGAAGGUUGCUCUACUUUAGUAAAUGUAACGGAAGGAUCUACACUGUCCUUAAACUGCAGCGCUAAAAGUAACCCCCCAGCAAAAUAUUCCUGGUUUCAAAGUGAUCCUUUCAAAAAGCUUUCUGAAAAUAAAACUCUGAAUGUUCAUGUAACAAAUGAUAUUAAAUAUACGUGCCAAGCUGAAAAUAAAUAUGGACUAUCCAAUAGUUCUAUCUCUAUUUAUACCACGCGUGCACAAAAGUCUCAGGCUAAUUUCCUUGUUUCUGGACUUUGUAUUUUAUUUAUCACGCUUGUGGUGAUAACGACAGUGUUCGUGUUUAGAUGGAUGAGGAAGAAGAAUGACUUACAGGAGGACAGAAUUACUAAAGAGAAGCCUAAAAGUGAUGGUGAUGUGAUUUACAAUAAUAUGCAAAACAUCAGCAAUGAAUCCUACAUGGACACAGAGGAAACAAAACAGAAUAAGGAUGAUUCAGAUUUGUAUAUGAACUGUGAAAAAGAGUUGCAAUAUGCCUCCAUCGAUUUCUCAAAAGUAAAACCAAAGGAAGCUCCUCAAACGGUGGAUAUUACAUAUUCUGAGAAUAUUAUUUAUUCCGAGGUUAAACGGAAUUAACCCUGAAGAUAUAUUAAAAAAAAUAAUAAAUGUAAAUAAAGAAGGACUUUUGUACUAUAGAGACUUUUUAACAGGAUUCUGUCUUGAUUUUUAUGUUGUAGUUUUUAUUUCUAAAUUGCACUAAUUUUACACAGCAAAAAAAUCACUCUACCAUAUAAAAUUUCCUUCCUGAACCAACAAGUAAAUAUGUUAGUUGUAAUAUCAGUGUGUAGGUACCGUCUCAGGUCAUUCAUGUGCUUUCAGAAAGAGCCAGUGCUGCACUAUGGAGCUGCUUACCCAUAUGUUGUUGUUUUUCCUAUUCAAUGUAACUGAAGGAGUCGCAGUGGGACAUGGAUUUUUACUAUUGAGUGUUGUUCUUAUAUCUA